AAAAGGAAACAAUGAGGUGGACAAUUUUGCUAGCGUGCAUGCUUGGACUAGUCGCCGGUGGGUGCCCGCUCGCCAAGAUGUCUAAAGCAGAGAGAGCUGAACACAAACGAAAGAUGGAAGUCUGGAUAGAGAAUUUACGGAAAGCUAAUCUCGCCAAAUUAGACCCUAAAGAUAAUCCCGAAAGUGAUGAAUACGUCUCGCCUGGACCUCUUACCCCUGGGCCGACUGCUUCACCUUUUGUUGACCUAAUGAACUAUACUGAUGAAGACAGGAAACGUUUUGAAAACAUGUCCGAGUGGUGUUGGAGGGAUGAUGGGGAAUUUAAUUGGGUUUGGAUCCCAAAAGGCACGAUUAGAGUGACGGGUAAAAAGGAAAAGACUAAAUGUUUAGGUGAUAACGAACAGGAGGUUAGAGGUACAGGAUGUUGUCACAAGAUACCUGAGGACUGGUAGACCGAUAAUAGAUAACUAAAUAAGAAAUACUGAGAGAUAAGAGAUAACCGGUUAUCACUGAAGAAGGGACCCAUAAACAAUCUAAACAAUAUUCCACUAUAUAUUCCUCAGCAUUUUAACAAUAGCUUUAAAAAUUGCAUGUGAAUUUUGGGACAGUUGUAUCUCUGUGAUUAUUUAUAAUUGG